CGUACGACGGUACGUGAUGGUAUCACCAGACCAAGUAGGUUCCGCGGAGGGGCGGCGAGCAAUCAUAGUCAUUUGAGCUUUGUCUCUUAGCAACAUCUCCGUCUCUCCAGCAGGACAGAAUUACUUUUCUAUAUUAAAUCCUCACCGAGGUGCUUCAGCCACCGGUUAACAAUGCUCCAGUCUCUAGCCAGCAACUCCUGUGUGCGUUUGAUACAGAAUCACAAAUCGACGUGGUAUUUCGUCUCUCUGAUCCUGGGCUACCUUCUUUAUCUCAUAUUCGGCGCCGUCGUCUUCUCGUCGGUCGAGCUGCCCUACGAGGACCAACUGCGUCAGGAGCUGCGGGCCGUCAAGAAGCAGUUCCUCGUGGAAAACGAGUGUCUGUCCGAGGAGCGACUGGAGCGCUUUUUAAAGAAAGCCCUGGAGGCCAGUAAUUACGGGGUUUCGAUUCUGAACAACGCCUCGGCCAACUGGAACUGGGACUUCACCUCGUCGCUGUUUUUCGCCAGCACGGUGCUGUCCACCACAGGAUACGGUCACACGGCACCGCUCUCAGACGGCGGCAAGGCCUUCUGCAUCAUCUACUCCAUGAUCGGCAUCCCCUUCACCCUCCUCUUCCUCACCGCCGUGGUCCAACGGAUCAUGGUGUUCAGCACGCGGCGGCCCGUCACGUACGUGCACACGCGCUGGGGCCUGUCCAAGCAGCUGGUGGCCAUCGUCCACGCCACCCUGCUGGGCUUGCUGGCCGUCUCGUGCUUCUUCCUCAUCCCGGCCGCCAUCUUCUCGGCGCUGGAGGAGAACUGGAACUUUCUGGAGUCCUUCUACUUCUGCUUCAUUUCGCUCAGCACCAUCGGCCUCGGGGACUACGUACCCGGAGAGGCGGCCAAUCAGAAGUUCAGGGAGCUGUACAAAGUGGGCAUCACCGUCUACCUCAUUCUCGGUCUGAUAGUCAUGCUGGUGGUACUGGAGACCUUCUGCGAGCUGCAGCAGCUGAAGCAGCUCAGGAAGAUGUUCUACCUGAAGAAGGAGAAGCCGCAGGACCGCCUCGCCAUUUUGGAGCACGACCACCUCUCCUUCACCACCGUGUCCGACAACGCCGGCGCCAAGGGCGAGGACAAAACCAAGACGUUUAUCAGCGUCCCGACUCUGGUCUCUCCCAACGACGAUCCCAUGAUCCAGUAAAGACAACGGAUACAGGAGGGGGGGAGGAAAGAAGGAAGGGAUUAACUGGUAGCAGACGACAGGACAAGUAAAAACCAAUCACAGCUUUGGGCAAGCUUUAGUCGGAGCUAAAAUCGGUUAGGGCUACACAGAUGAGGCAAAGAAUCCCAGCUCCUGAACCGCAAAACUGACAAUAGACAAUAGUGUUAGGCAGCACAGACUUUAUCUACAUAAUAAAAGAGAAAUUAAUAUUUGAACAGCAGCUAUAAAUACAAAGUCGGCGAUAGAAGGAAAAGUCCUCUGCUGUAUUUAUGACUCACAAAAGCUAAGCGCCUUUAAAAGCUACAUUAUUUAUGGCACACUUAGGAAUAUUUGAUGAGGUAAUUCAUCUCUUAAAACUAGCCGAAAGACGGGAGAACCUCCCGCCGCAAAUUAGGACAUAGGUACGUACGUAUCUUUUAAAUAGAGUCUUUAGACAGGUCUCUGUACAUAAUUGGGUGAAUGUUUUAACUGUAGGGUACGAAGUCAAAGUGGAACUUUACCUGAUGCCUAAAAAAAAAAAAAAUCACCGAUGUUGUGUUCAUGGCCUGUUUUUUUUUUAUUUUUAUUUUCCAUUUGGGGGAUUUUUGAUUUCUCUGACUGUAAGCGGCAGGAAAAGAGAACUUUACACAUCUCUUAUUGCUGUCAGUAUUUAGUUAGUUAUUGAUUUUCAUUUUAAAA